AGCCCCCCCCCACACGACGCUAUUGGUGGCGGCACAGGUGACAGUAGACGCGCACUGCUCGACGGUCAAAACAUUGCACGCUGCGUAGCAACAUGUGGAAGUUCGAGAAACCUAAUCUUUUUGGGGCGUUUACUUGAACAAAGUCAGCACUUUAGCGGUUGAGCUAGCUUCUGUUUUACUUUUGGGGAGUGUAACAGAGAAGUUGUCGCUAAGCUCCACUUGACUUCGAGCUGUUCUCGUCUGACCUUCAGAGACUGUUUGUUUGUUUCCUCCCACCAUCACUCGCCUCCAUCGUCCCCAUCAUCAUGCUUCAGCUUCCAGACAUGUAGUCAGCAGCAGAAGCAGAGGCUAUUCCUGUUCGCAAACUAUUUUUUUCCUCUCAAACAAGCUUCCUCUCCCUCUCGGACUGGACUGCGGUGCGCUGACUUCGUCUCGCCCUCCCCUGCCCCCACGCCCCCCAGCAAUGGCCUCACGCAUUGGUCUGCGUAUGCAGCUAAUGCGAGACCAGCUGCAGCAGGAGGAGCAGCGCGAGCGGCAACAGCAGCAAAAUGCAGCCCUGCAAUACAUGCAGCACCGCAUGGCUGGACCACCUGCCCCCACUGCAGCCAUCAGCACCCCCCAGAACUACCAAAGCAUGCAGGUGCCCGUGGAGGUUCUUAAGGUGCAGACCCACCUUGAGAAUCCUACAGACUACCAUAUCCGCCAGUCUCGGAGGCAGCAGGUGAAAGAAUACCUCUCCACCACUUAUGCCACCAAACAGAUGGUUCACGCUGUAGCAGGGCCAAUGCCACCGUCUCCCCCUGCAGCCGUUGGGCCUUCAGGGGGCUCAGCGUCUCUACCCCCGCCCCUCCACUCUCCGCACAGGCGCACUGAGCAGCUCAUGACAGGCAACAGUGCACCCAACAGCCCAAUGGCCAUGCUCAACAUUGGCUCCAGCCAUGAGCAAGAGAUGGAUGAGGUCAUUGAUGACAUCAUCAGCAUGCAGUCCAGUUACGAUGAUAUUCAGGCCUACGUAGACCCCGUCCAGAUGCCCAAAACACUCCCUCUGUCCAGCAGCCACCUGGAUGUGUACACCGGCCCGAGGAUGAAGGGGCCAGCCGUUGCAAUGACCAGCAACUCCUGUCCUGCCAACUUGACCAUCAAACGAGAAAUUUCAGACACAGAAGCCCGUGCCCUGGCCAAGGAGAGACAAAAGAAAGAUAACCACAAUCUCAUCGAAAGAAGACGGAGAUUUAACAUCAACGAUCGUAUCAAAGAGCUUGGCACAAUGAUUCCCAAAACCAACGAUCUUGAUGUUCGCUGGAACAAGGGCACCAUCCUGAGAGCGUCUGUGGACUACAUCAAACGUAUGCAGAAGGAUGUACAGAGGACCAGAGAGGUGGAGACUAACUUCAAAAGGAUGGAAAUGGCCAACAAGCAGUUGAUGCUUCGUAUUCAGGAGUUGGAGAUGCAAGCUCAUCUGCACGGCCUUCCCAGCAACUCUCCAUCUGGCUUGCACCCAGUAGACGUGAUGAGCCCUUAUAUAAAACAGGAGACCAGCCCAGAGGAGAACCUCUCCCAUACUCAGACACAAGCUCCGCACCACCACCUCACCCAGAGCCAGCCUCCUCCUCCUCCUCCUCAGCCCCAGCCCCAGCAACAUCACUUCCUCCCGCAGACCCACCUCCACCCCCAAAGCCAUGCUCAGCCUCAGCAGUCCAGACAGCUGACCAUGCUCCCCCAGCACCUCCAGGCUCAGCCGCCCAUCCAGUACCCAGCUGUAGGCAGCUCCCAGCCCUUUGACUUUGCCCAGUCGUUGGACUUGUGCGAUGGGAUGCAGGCGUUCUCAGACGGCAUGUCCGCGCUGGGCGAUCUGGGAGGACUGGAUAUGCAGGGCCGUAGAAGCGAUAUGGGAUUUCUCAUGAUGGAUGAGCCGUUGUCCCCCAUGGGCGGUGACCCUCUGCUCUCCACCAUGUCCCCAGAGGCCUCUGUCGACUCCAGUCGCAGAUCCAGCUUCAGCAUAGAGGAUGGCGAAAUACUGUAGACACAUGCAUGCGAGUGCACACACACACACACACACACACACACACACCCUCACACACUCCUGCAAGUACACGCUUAAAAAUAAAAGUUGUUGGUACCAAUACAGACAGCACAAAAAAGGCCAUCAUCACAGUGACUGGAAGCCAUUAAACAGCAGAAUCCCACAACCCAUCCAUUGAACGUCAAAAGUGGUACCAUGCACUUGCAACACUCCACAGCAACAGAAAAACUGAGUAAGACAUGAAUGAGAAUUUUGAAAGCUUUUCAGGGGGUAAACAAAUACUGAGAGGUCAAAGUUCUACAGUACAUAGUUUUCAUUGUAGUCAUUUUUCAUUCAUAAGUAGAUGUUUGUAGUAGCACGUUGUCCCAUUUGACCAUAUCAGCAUAAAUGAUUACAUGAUACUGCGACAAAUACAGAAAGAGCAGCUUCAUGGUCCCACGUGUGUAGUUUAGUCUACAGCGAUGCUGCUCGGUCUCAAUUUUGUUUUUCUGUAAUUGCACAGUUUGUCGUCACGACGAGCAUGAUAUGGUUGUUGUUGGGCAGAGGCAGUCAUGAGUGUGCUCACCUAAGCUUGGCCUUAAAGUGGCCACGUUGACGUGCACAUUGUGGGCUUUAUGGAAGUAACUGGGAGUGUACUUUUCGUCAACUCACACAUUCACCAGUACCACAUUCUACACCUCUGUUUCUGUUAGCGUGCUGGUUACCAUGUAUAUGCACGUCAUCCAUCUCUAUCAUACUCAGGAAUUCACAAGCAGGGUCAUUUUAAAGAAGUGCUGAUGGGAACUUGAACCAGGUCCAUAAUUUAAGCAGCGUUUUAAAGACAGAGUUCAGGGGGGUUAAGGGGGAAAAUAUAUAUAUAAAAUAAAUAUAAAAUAUAUAUAUAAAAUCAAUAAAUAAAUAUAUAUAUAUAUAUAUCUACACACACACACACGCCGAUGAUAGAGGGGCACAGACAGGGUGGAUUUUAAUCCUGUAGAAAUUGUUAGAGGCCCACACACAGGGUGGGUUUUAAUCCUGUAUAAAUUGCAAUGUAUGGGUAGCUCAAACACACACACACACACCAGAGGUGUUCACCAGACACAGAUACAAGAUCUCCCAACACAGCACGCACAUAUACAUCGAGAUAUGUAUACACAGCACGUUGUGUAUUCACGCUGGUUUCAAAUCAGCACCAUGGUGAGGGCGUCUUCAACUGAGGUGAAGAGCUCAGUUUAUUUUUCACUCUCUCAUCCAAAAGGGCAACUUUUCAGUCCAUCAUGGCGGUCUCAGCAUUAUGGCUAAUAAAGAAAUAUUGCGGCAUUAUUUUUGAUUAUAAGUAGGGGUGGGCAUUUCACUACAUUUCCUUCAUUAAAAAUAAUGCUCAAUGGAUUAUUGGUUCUUUUCGGGAAGGGAGAAUUGCUCUGUGAAUGUUCUUAACUCCUGUUUCCACGGCACAUUGAAACCACUUGCGACUGAAUCAACAGCGCCCCUGUUGUACACUCCAUUUUGCCUCAACUGCUUUAAGAUACAACUCAUCAACAAUUCCACAAAAUCGACCAAUUUCUUAGUCAUAUUCACUUGCUGAUGAUGCCCAUCCCUAAUUAUAUAUAUUUUUUAAAUUUGUUUAUUCUGUCUCCCAAAGCACUGGAAAAGUCUAUUAUUGUUUUGACUUUGUACAAAAAUGAAUAUUAUUCUGCUUUUUUUUUUUUUUUGCCACUAAGCAAUUUUCAAGUUUUGUUUUUCAUUUUAUUCUUCAAACAACCUUUUCAUGUUCCCCUUAAACGCCAGUUGAAGCGUCCACGUGUUACUGGAUUUGGAGCAUGGAGCCAUUUGGGAGCUUUUAACUGGUAACGUAGAUUUUUAUCAUGAUGCAGUCAUGUAAUGUAGACAUGAUUGGGCUCUUAGUUUUCUCCUUGUUAACUUUUGAAGCCAAAUAAUACAUGAAAUGUGAUUCUUUCAUCUGAUGAAGUUCAAAUUUCUCACUUUGUGGAUGCAAAAUUUACCAGUGUCUGGUCAGUGAGAAGUCACUGUUGCUGUGCCUUUUCUCUUUCUUUGUCACUGUGGUUUCCAUGGAAACUGGAGGACUGACCUCAACUCUGCUGAGGACUUGUCACUGCCCGAACGCGUUUGUGUUUCCACCAAAGUACAGCACAGUAUUGCCUUUUCCCGUUUCAACCACAGUUUGACUGUUGACAACUUUGCCCGCACUCCAAAGAAUCGCUCUGAACUCCUCUAAUAUUCCACUAGAGGGUGCUCUGCAGCGCAACACACUCAAAGGGACAUGCCCUGAUUUGAAAUGUUAUAAAAUGUUUUACCAGAAUUAAAUUGACAUCAAGUGUUUUA